CCCCCCCCCAGGCGCGCGCGCGCGCGAUGGCCGCUCAGCCCGCGCGCUGGAGCCCCCUCGAGCAGGAGCAGGACCGGGACGUGCGGGCGCUGAUCCGCCGCCUGACCGGCCUCCGCGAGGCGCAGGGCGGGGAGGAGCCCGGCGGCCGCUUCCAGACGGCGCUGAGCUUCGCCUGGUCCAACUUCAGAUUUCAUCGAUUUCUUGAUGUAAGCAGUCACAAAGUAGAGAGGACAAUAGAGGGAAUUCAUGAAAAGCUGAUUGUUCAUUCAGACCUCAGUAAAGCUGCAAGCUGGAAAAGACUAAUAGAAAAGUUUCUGAACUCACCACUUCUGAGCACUGAAGAAACAAAGACAGAUGCUCAUUACGCCAUACUAUCUCUCUUACUGUGCUUGUCUGAUUCUCCUUCCAACACCAGCUAUGUGGAAAAGCCAAGAGAUAAAGAAGUGGAAAAGGAAGAAGAAUUUGACUGGGGAAAGUACUUGAUGGAAGGUGAAGAAAUUGAUUUUGGUCCUGACAUAGACACACCAGAUUGGUCUGAAGAAAGUGAAGAGGAGGAGGAUGCUCAACAACCUCUGAGCAGGGAAGACUCUGGCAUUCAAGUAGACAGGACACCACAAGAAGAACAAGACCAAAACAAGAAAACAGUGUCUCAGGUCACAUGGAAAGUGGGUGAGCCUGAUGCGCGCAGCUGGCUGGAACAACAUGUGGUUCCUCAGUAUUGGACAGGAAGAGCUCCUCGUUUUUCUCACAGUUUGCACCUACAUUCCAAUUUAGCUGCUGUCUGGGACCAACACUUGUACAGCAGUGAUCCCUUAUAUAUGCCAGAAGAAAGAACUCUUGUAACUGAAACACAGGUUAUCCGGGAAACUCUCUGGCUUCUUUCAGGGGUGAAAAAGCUCUUUAUAUUUCAGCUAAAUGAGGGAAAGGUGACUGUGAGAAAUGACAUUAUUGUAACUCAUUUGACCCAUAACUGCUUAAGAUCAGUGUUGGAGCAGAUAGCAGCAUAUGGACAAGUUGUGUUUAGGCUGCAGAAGUUCAUUGAUGAAGUGAUGGGGCACAGCUCAGAAAAUGUAAUACCUGGAACCAUUUCCACUCCCAAGAAAACUACAGAACCCCCAUUUAGAACCUACCAAGCUUUUAUGUGGGCCUUGUACAAGUACUUCAUUAGUUUCAAAGAAGAACUUACUGAAAUUGAGAAAUGCAUAAUCAACAAAGACAAAACGGUCACUCUUUCAAUAGUAGUAGAUAAGUUGUCACCUCGACUGGCACAGCUUAAGGUACUUCACAAAGUUUUCAGCACAGGGGUAGCAGAAGUACCACCUGACACUCGAAAUGUUUUAAGAGCAUCUCAUUUGCUUAAUACACUCUACAAAGCUAUUCUUGAAUAUGACAACGUUGGAGAAGCAUCUGAGCAAACAGUAUCCCUCCUCUUUUCUCUCUGGGUUGAAACAGUAAGGCCUUAUUUGCAGACAGUGGAUGAGUGGAUUGUCCACGGUAACUUGUUUGAUCCUGCUAAGGAAUUUAUCAUUCAGAGAAACAAAAAUGUCCCAGUUAAUCACAGGGAUUUUUGGUAUGCUACCUACACAUUAUAUAGUGUGUCGGAAAAGAUGGAGAAUGAAGAGAAAAUGAGUGAUAAUGCCAGUGCCAGCUCUGGAAGUGAUCAGGCUCCCUCAAGUAGGCAGCACACAAUGGUCUCCUUUCUGAAACCAGUACUAAAACAAAUCAUCAUGGCUGGAAAGUCCAUGCAAUUGUUGAAGAACCUUCAAUCCAAAGAUGAUUCUCCAUGGCAAGCUGCAUCAAGAGAUGCAGAAAGAAAGAGUUUGUACACACUAUUUCUGGAGUCUGUGCAGUCCCGUCUGCGGCAUGGGGAAGAAUCUGUUCCAGAUAUUAUUACAGAACAACAAGCUACAAAGCAGAGUUUGAUAAAGAUGCAGUCUAUAGCAGAGAGACACUUAGAGCUGGAUGAUGUUCAUGAUCCAUUGCUGGCUAUUAACUUUGCUAGGUUGUAUUUGGAGCAAAGUGACUUUCAUGAAAAAUUUACUGGUGGUGAUGUUUGCGUGGAUAGAUCCUCUGAAUCAGUGACGUGCCAGACAUUUGAACUGACAUUGAGGUCUUGCCUUUAUCCUCACAUAGAUAAGCAAUAUCUGGAAUGCUGUGGCAACCUAAUGCAAACUUUAAAGAAGGAUUACAGACUGGUAGAGUACUUGCAGGCAAUGCGAAACUUUUUCUUGCUUGAAGCUGGGGAUACUAUGUAUGAUUUCUACACAUCUAUUUUUGAUAAAAUAAGAGAAAAGGAAACUUGGCAGAAUGUAUCAUUUCUAAAUGUCCAGCUCCAGGAAGCAGUUGGACAACGUUACCCAGAGGACAGUUCAAGGCUGUCUAUAUCUUUUGAAAGUGUUGAUACAGCAAAGAAGAAACUCCCUGUCCAUACCUUAGAUGGCUUAACACUGAGCUACAAGGUCCCUUGGCCUGUGGAUAUAGUUAUAAGUUUAGAAUGUCAAAAAAUUUACAAUCAAGUGUUUCUUCUCUUAUUACAAAUAAAGUGGGCCAAGUAUAGCUUAGAUGUUUUACGAUUUGAUGAGCUAGUAAAUGCUACCGAAAAACCACAGUUUAAGGAAGGACCUCAAUUAGAACAAGAGACAGUUCCUCAGUUUGGAUCACAAACCGAACUUAUAAAACAACAAAUUCACCGUAUGUUCCUCUUACGAGUGAAACUCAUGCAUUUUGUUAACAGCUUACACAACUACAUCAUGACCAGGAUUCUUCACAGUACAGGUUUGGAGUUUCAGCACCAAGUAGAAGAAGCCAAAGACUUAGAUCAACUGAUUAAAAUUCAUUAUAGAUAUUUGUCUACAAUCCAUGAUCGCUGCCUGCUGAGAGAAAAGGUUAGUUUUGUGAAAGAAGCUAUAAUGAAAGUGCUAAAUUUAGUGCUGAUGUUUGCAGAUCGUUGGCAGGCUGGUUUGGGAGCUUGGAGGAUGGAAUCCAUAGAGAAGAUGGAAUCAGAUUUUAAAAAUUGUCACAUGUUUCUCGUAACAGUUCUAAACAAAGCAGUCUGUAGAGGCUCUUUUCCUCAUUUGGAGUCUUUAGCUUUGUCACUCAUGGCUGGCAUGGAACAAAGUUAACAAAAGACCAAAGUGCAUUGAACUGCUCAAGAACUGAACUCCUGCAGCAUUCAUCUGCAACAUUAUUUAUUCAAAAUGAGCAUUUUAUACUGAAAUACAUGUAUAGGUAGAUAAAUGGCAGUUGAUAUAAUUUCCUUUCAUUGACUGUUUGAAACUGUAAAUGGUUAUGUACAAUAUUUAAUGAGUAUUGGUUGUGGUUGUAUUUUUUUCCUGCGUGUUAGUAUGCUAUAACAUCAGAUUCAUGCUGUCUUGUAGAAGUAGCUGACUUGAAAAUACAUGAAAUGUUUCUUCUUGUGAAGAAGGAAUUAUUCACUAUUUUGUAAAAUAGAAUAUUUGCUGAUUAAGUCUUUAAAAUAGUUUCCGUUAAUUUUGCAAUAAAUGUUAAAUACUUGCCAUUUUUAACUAGGAUCAAAAGCACAUAUGUAGAAUAUACUAUAACUGUGAGAAUGAGGAGUACAAGAAUACUUGUUCUCAGCUCCUUACCCUUCCCUUGUUCUUCCAGGCCUUUCCACAGGUGAUCUGUCCCUUCUCCAGCUUCCUGGUCUCUUGCAACCCAGCCUCCGAUAUUGGUAGUUCUUCAAGCGUCUGUAAAUGUGGAUCUCACUCCUGGUGUGCAUGUGCCUCUUGCUCAACAAAUCAGAAUCUUUUAACCAGCAGUGUUCUUUGGGGUCACACACAUGCCCUGCAUAUCCUUGUGCUACCCCCCUCUCAGGGGCAGAAAAGAUGGAGUAUAUUCAACCCACUCAAUUCCUUCUUACCACCUGCAAAGAAACAGUCUCUAAUCCUGGGAAUAGCAGCCUUGUCCUGUCACCUGUUUUAAAUAAAUAAUAAAAAGAGCCUGUAGAUUGAUUGAAAUGCUACUUUUGCAUCUGCACUUCUGCUGAAAUACAGUCAUGAAUUUGUAAGUUUUUAAAGUUUUUUGGCUGUCUGAGCUCAGGUCAAGUCUGCCAACCCUAAGCCUUUAGGCUUCAUAUUUCCGAGCUUCCCUCUGCAACCACGGGGACUAGAAACUCAGUAUUUUUUUUUAAAAUAAAAGUUGAGAUUUUAGUGUAAUCACAUGACUCCAGGAGCAGGGCCUUUAAGAGCAGCACCAAAUCAUGAGAAAGCUGGCAGCACUGGUGUGUCAUAGACAGGGAAACUGCUGGCGCCUUCUAGUAUGUUCCAUGUCAGUCUGUAGCUUAUUAUAGGAUGUUAUCUAAGCAAAACCUAUACCAUAUUACCACAGCUUCCCUUUUACUGCUACGACUCAGACUUCUGGAGGGACCUCCUUUGAAGGGCGGGUGUCAUCAAAGGUAAUUUGUACCUUCAUUCCACCUUGGUCUCUUCCCAUCAUGAUAUACCAUGCUCUGUAGUGUACCUGUAUUUGAUAUAUCCGUAAAUACUUGCUGCUUGUCCAGUUUAACAACAGUAGCCUUAGCAUGCUGUACUUGGGUGCUGAGGUCCAGGAGUUGCUUGCACUGGUUCUGGUAUAUUCAUAUGCUGUUUGGCCAUAUAACAAGUAGUUGUAUACUUUGUUUUCUGAACUUUAAAAACGUGACUGAUAAGAUUGUUGGUGGUUUUUUAUAUACAUUGGUUACUCCUAGCUCCACCCAAAUAUUAACUUUCUUUUCUCUCAACCUGCUUUAGGUGUUACAUUUAGCUAAGUGGCUGAACAAAACCAAAAUACCUGCCACAUUUGAUGCAGCAUUAACUUCUUGUGAGUCCCCUCCACAGCAGCUACUGUCAGCAAUAACUUCACUUGGAAAAUCUGUGGGAGCAGCCUAGGAGUACAUGGUGGAGAGUGGCUGCUUUGUGGGACCUUAACCCCUCCAAAAUCUCAACUCCUUCGCAGAGCAGUUGGUGUUGUGCUGGGUUUUCUGCUUAGUGUCCCUAUCUGGUUCCCUUGAUUUACACUUGUAACCCCCACUGCCAUCAUUUGUUACCCCCUGCUUUAGUUGAUUCAUUGUCUCUGUGGCCCUUUCCCCUUUCACGAUGAGGGCCUUUUGUUAUGUUGGGUUCCUCCAUUCCCCCUUCAAAUAGGAUUUCAGAUUGGACAGCUCUAGUCAUGGAAAAACUAGAGCUGAUUAUUUUUUAGGGGGGAGAGAAACUGUGCAUGCGUAUGUGCAUUCGCGCUCUGUCUCUGAUAAUGAAAAGAGAUUUGGCUCAGGCUGGCUUCUGUUGUAUUAAUGUAGUUGGAAUAUAUGGGCCCAGAGUCAGCUAUUUACAUAACCCUUUUAUUGUCCAACACUAACGUUUUAAAAAAAGUUCAGGUUUGGUAUACAGAGACCUCAGCGUAGUACCAGGGCCCAAACGCUAUUAAAACUCUGUAAUCUGUUAUUAAAGAUACAGAAAAGAAGGAAAAAAGUUAAAGCAUUUGAAAUGCAAGUUAAGUAAGGCUUUCAUUAUAACCAUAACUCUUUUCCCCUUUCCCUUUGCUAUAGAGUUUUUAGAAUGAAACCCUACUGUCCGAUGGUCUCUUAGUAUUAAAGAGGGUGUUAACUGUUCUUUCUCUUUUUCCCAAAGAAGUUAGUUGAGAUGGGCUGGAGCACUGGUGAUUACUGCUGUUAAAGUUCAGUCCUGUUUCCAAGAAGACAAAAGAAGACAGACAUGUAUAAGAGGCGAGAGGAAAAAAUCAGUAAAGAUAGAAAGUGCUGCUUCUAUCUCUGCUGUUGACUCUGACGUGCAGCCUCACUUCUGGAGAAACAAAGGCACAAUGCACCAUUUUAUCAGCCACUCUGAGACCUGGCAAAUUUGUACCAGCAUUGGUGUGUUUAGAACCUUGCUAUUAACUACCUCUUUACUUACAGGCUCAUGGCACUGUUGCAAAAUAUAUAGUCUUGGCCAGCUAAGCCAGACUGUUACUAGACAGAAGGCAAAAGGAGAGGGAUAGGAAAAGGAUACACAAGGGGAGGGAGAUGUGACAGACUCACAUCCCAGGUUGUUGGCUUUCAGCCAGAGCCAGUGGAGAUGGUGAUGUCAGGUAGGUCCCUUUUUUUGGACCAAUCUGUUCAGGACACCUUUUUCCAUCCAGCUGAUGAAGGCCCAUUGGUGUCACAGUGGAUCCUGGGAUCAUAAGGGGGUGGGUGGCAGGCAGCCAUGAAGGUUACUGCAGCAGUUGCUGGCAGACAGCUUCUUUUAAUUUUUGCACCAAAAGUUGUCUUCUUUAUAAAAACUCCAAUAAUGAGCUCAUUCCCUCAUUAUUUUGUCCACGAAUAAGUCUAGUUAGUGACACACCAGUUUUGGUUCAUUGAUUUCCAGUCUUGCACUUCUCUUGUUUACCAGGCAUGAGCUUAAUGCAGUUCUUGAGUUACAUCAGUAGUCAUCUUAUUUAAAUUAGUCUCUCUUGCACCUUUUCCCACCAACAAUUAUUGUUUUAAUAGGUUAUUGAAACACUUUGUAAACUUCUAUCUAGUUUCCCACUGUUAAUCUCACAAGUGGGAUAAAUGCAUAGGCCUGAUUAUUAUGACACAUCCCAUCUGAUAAAAGGUCUGGUUUAGAGAAGGGAAAGUUUCAAAAAGAGACUCUUUGCAGAACACUCCAAACUUUCAAAAGGUGACGUCUGAUUUGAAACUCUUGUCUGUUCCAGGAAAUGCCACUAGAUGGAAGGAUUUCAGAUUUCCUGAACUCGCUAUUACAGAUCAGUUAAUCCUCUCAGGAGUAGUCCAAGGCUAUUGUUUUAAUAGUUCCUUGGUCAAUGUUUUAAAAAUAUGAAAAAAGACAUCUGCCUCCUGAAAAGUUUCCACUCUAAAAAGAUAACCUCCAGAAGAACAGUUAAUUUUAUAAACUACAUAUAGUUUACAGUAAAAGGCUCAUGGUGUAAAUGACUGAGAAAAUGUAACUUGAGGAGGAGAAGGAGGUUUAUAGGUCCAGAGAGGUCAUUCUGAGCAUUGGGAGGGAAAGGGAUUAUAGGGAGGGAACUGGCUGAGUAUAGGAUCAAAAUAGAAUGACAGGCACCCCGAAAUAAGAUGGAUGCACAAGUAGGACUAUCUGGGGCCUGGAAAAUGAGGACAAAGUAUUGGAAACUGAUGUUUAAGGAGAUGUGCAGCAGUAAAGGGUCUUGUAAAGGAGGACUGCUGUGACUGGGGUGGCAGACAGAUUUUGGAUAGACAAGGGUUUAAGCUUGAGCUUAAGUAAUGUGAGAUUGAACUAGGGUGACCAGAUAGAAAGUGUGAAAAAUUGGGACAGGGGGUGGGGGUAAUAGGCACCUAUAUAAGAAAAAGUCCCAAAUAUCGGGACGGUCCCUAUAAAAUCGGGACAUCUCGUCACCCUCGAUUGAACAGAGGGGAAGAGGUCAGCACAGAGAUAACUGAAGACAGAAAAGUGGAUGAGGCCACUCAGGGAUAAGAUGUAGAAAGACAGGAGGGCCCCAAGAUGGAACCCUGUGGGACACUGACCAAAGUAAAAGGAGUGAGAAGUGGAAAUAGGAAGUAAGACAUUGAAGAAGUAAUUCAAGAGAUUAGGGAAAUGGUGGUCAACUUGUGAAAAUGAUAGAAAAGUAGAGAAAAAUAGAGGCUAAUGUAUAGAAUUUUCAAAAAUGCCUGUAAUCCCCCCCGGUUACAUUUCCAGUAUUUUAAUAUCCAGAAAAAACAGCUAUUAUCUAGAUCUUACAUCCAAGUCAGAUUCAGGUGGACCAGAGAGUUGCGGUAGUAGAUCAUAAAUAAAAAUAUAUCUGCAUUUCAGUGUAAAUGAAGCCAGGAUGUCCAAGAUCCAUAAUAAACCUGAAAUGAGAGAAUAAUUGGUUGUGACCUAUAAAAGAAAUUCAAAAUGAAGUAACAUCAGUGUGGUGUUAGCAGCAAUAAAAACAGUUGAUUUUC